GGGGAGGACGGCAGGAAACCCCAAGAAAACCCCACACCAACUGCCCAGCACGGAAUGGGACAAAAUCACCUUAUCCAUUCAUCAGAUCAAUGGCCCCAGAUCUCCGCAAAGUCACGAGUCUCUGCCACAUUCUGCGGCAAUAGUGUACUGGUUCUUCCCCUUCUCCUACAGGCUACAGGCUGCCCUCAUCAUCCCGCUCCAGCCCACUUCGGAUCCUGCGCCACCGGGCCGCACCCCGGGACCAAUCGGUGGACGUCAAUGGCUAAACAUGAAUCAGCGGCCUCGUCCCCGAGGCUCGCUCCAUUGCGGAGUACCGGCGGGAUUGCAAUGAUGGGAUUCGCUCAAUAUCUCCCCGACAGCGGGACUCUGCCGUGCUGCGUGUGAGCCCUCUCUUCAAGACGACCCCUCCGAUUAGUCCUCCGCACGCCUCGUGCUCCAAGGAAUUUUAUCGUACAAGAGACGAGAUUCACUUCAGUCUUGAGCCGCUUCUCCCA